UUUUUGUUAGCACUUUAUUUAUCUGCCCUUGUGGUAAGCAACUAGGAAUCUUUCCAAGUUUUCUUUUUUAGCCUUGGAUAGGAUGUUAAUGUUCUUGUUUAAACUAAUAGGACUCUUUAAAAAGGUUCAACAGGAAAUUGUUUCCUUUUUUGCAUUGGAGGUAACAGUGCUGACCACCCUUCCGUUUCUCUACACACCAAGCCAUUGAAUAGCUUUGCCAUUUUAUUUUCGUGGUAUUAUAUCAGAUGAGUUUUAGAUGAGUCCUAUGCAUCCAUUUGGGCUUGGAUUCAGUGUUCCUUUACUUAGUUUUGAUGCUAUGUUGGUGGCUGUCCUCUGAGAUCCCCAUGACUUGGUUCAUUGAUGCUGAUAUUAUGGAGCAGAAGCCUGGAUUUCUUAGCAACAAGAGGAAGCUCUGGUUCGGAUGCUGUGACAAAUUCUCGUUGCGAGGCUGGAAGAGUCACCUUUAUAACCAUUACUUUGGGUCGAAGAAGGUCAGAGAAACAUGGUGGAGGAAGCUUCUGAUCUUGUGGGUGGUUGGUUGGUUCUUAGUGUCUCUGUGGAUCUUCUGGUUGAUGAAUUCCCAGGGUAUCAAGAAGAGGAGGGAGACACUUGGUAGCAUGUGCGAUGAGCGUGCUAGGAUGCUUCAGGACCAGUUCAAUGUGAGCAUGAACCAUCUUCAGGCAUUGGCAAUCCUCAUUUCAACAUUUCAUCACUCCAAGGAGCCAUCUGCCAUCAAUCAGAUUACUUUUGCAAGAUAUGCAGAAAGAACUGCUUUCGAGAGGCCAUUGACCAGCGGUGUGGCAUAUGCUGUGAAGGUGCUGCAUUCUGAAAGAGAAGAGUUCGAGAGGCAUCAGGGAUGGGCUAUCAAGAGAAUGGACUCCACAGAGCAAUCCCCGGCCUGUAAAGAUGACUCAGCCUCUGAGGCCCAGGAGGUAUCACCAGUUGAAGAAGAAUAUGCUCCUGUUAUCUUUGCCCAAGAUGCCUAUAAGCAUGUGAUAUCUCUGGAUAUGUUGUCUGGAAAGGAGGAUCGUGAAAACAUUCUAGGAGCUAGGGAAUCUGGGAAGGGGGUCCUAACUGCUCCUUUUCAGCUGCUAAAAUCAAAACGCCUUGGAGUUAUUCUGACAUAUGCAGUGUACAAAAGAGAACUUCCUUCAAAUGCAUCCCCAGUGGAACGUAUCCAAGCAGCCAUAGGGUAUUUAGGAGGAAUCUUUGAUAUAGAAGCACUGGUGGAUAAAUUGCUUCACCAACUUGCAUGCAAGCAAUCCAUUCUGGUCAAUGUAUAUGAUACCACGAAGCCUAAUACACCUAUCAGAAUGUAUGGUUCAAACAUGAUGGGUAAUGGUAUAUACCAUAGCAGCACCCUUCACUUUGGUGAUCCAUUCAGAAAGCAUGAGAUGAAGUGCAGGUUUAAAAACAGGCCACCAUUGCCAUGGCUUGCCAUAACAACAUCAAUUGGAGCUCUUGUGAUUGCCUUGUUAAUUGGGUAUAUUUUUCAUGCUACGGUCAACCGCAUUGCCAAAGUGGAAGAUGACUUCCGGGAGAUGAUGGAACUUAAAAAACGUGCAGAAGCAGCAGAUGUGGCAAAGUCUCAGUUCUUGGCAACUGUAUCUCAUGAAAUCAGAACUCCAAUGAAUGGAGUUUUAGGGAUGCUACAAAUGCUUAUGGACACUGAGCUGGAUAUCACACAACAAGAUUAUGUGAGAAUUGCCCAAGAAAGUGGAAAAGCUCUUGUAUCACUUAUAAAUGAGGUUCUGGAUCAAGCAAAGAUUGAAUCCGGCAAGCUUGAGCUUGAAGCUGUCAGAUUUGACUUGCGGGCAGUUCUGGAUGAUGUCUUGUCGCUCUUCUACGGAAAGUCCCAGGAAAAACAGAUAGAGCUGGCAGUUUAUGUUUCUGAUCAAGUUCCUGAAUUUCUCGUCGGUGAUUCUGGAAGAAUACGGCAAAUAAUCACAAAUCUCAUGGGAAAUUCCAUAAAAUUCACAGAGAAAGGGCAUAUCUAUGUGACUGUUCAUCUAGUCCAAGAGGUGAUGAAUUCAUUGGAAGUGGAAGCAGAAGCUCAGUCAGUUAGUACCUUGAGUGGCUUUCCUGUAGCAGAUAAAAGGCGUAGCUGGGAGAGCUUUAAGAUAUUCAAUCAGGAUUUGCCUGUGACUGAGCUGUCUCUUUUGUCAACCUAUCCUGAUCUCAUUAACUUGAUCAUAUCUGUUGAAGAUACAGGUGUGGGAAUCCCUCGAGAAGCCCAGUCCCGGGUGUUCACUCCUUUUAUGCAGGUAGGCCCAUCAAUUUCACGCAUCCAUGGGGGCACCGGGAUUGGACUUAGCAUCAGUAAAUGUUUGGUUGGUCUUAUGAAGGGAGAGAUUGGAUUUGUGAGUGAACCCCAGAUUGGUUCCACUUUCACCUUCACUGCUGUUCUUACGAGAGCACGCAGCAAUUCAAAUCAGUACAAAUCAUCUGUAUUUCAAGGGAUGACUGCAUUGGUGAUUGACCACAUACCGGCCCGUGCAAAGGUCACACAUUACCAUCUACGAAGGCUUGGUAUUCAUGCUGAACUGGCCAGUGACCUAAAUCAAGUUCUCUCUAGAAUAACUGAUGGAACAUUAAUGGUAAAUAUGGUUCUUGUCGACAAGGAAACAUGGUUGAAGGAUGCCAAACUCUGGCCUCAUUUUGUUAGCAAAUUAAGGAAGGAUGACCAGACAAAUAUUCCAAAACUUUUUCUAUUAGCAGAACCUAGCAGUUCUCCCAAAAGCAGUCCCACUAGCACGGCAGAAUAUUUUUCAACCAUAAUCAUGAAGCCCCUCAGAGCGAGCUUGCUACAAGUGUCUCUGCGGCGAGCUAUGGGUGGUGGAGACAGGGACAGUGUUCAAGAUGGAGGUGUCCCUCAUUUGUCAUUGCGCAGUCUUCUUCAUGGAAAGCAGAUUCUGGUUGUAGAUGAUAAUAUUGUGAAUCUAAGAGUAGCUGCUGGUGCUUUGAAGAAGUAUGGAGCUGAUGUAACUUGUGCAGAAAGUGGGAAGAAGGCGAUCAUGAUGCUUAAGCCACCACACAAGUUCAACGCUUGUUACAUGGAUAUUCAGAUGCCAGAAAUGGAUGGAUUUGAAGCUACUAAAAGGAUUCGAGAGAUGGAAAAUGACCUCAAUCAUCGGAUAAAAUGUGGGGAAGUGCCAUUAGAAGCUUCUGGAAACGUCUUGCAUUGGCACACUCCCAUAUUGGCCAUGACAGCAGAUGUGAUCCAGGCAACGCAUGAGGAGUGUCUAAGAUGUGGAAUGGAUGGCUAUGUAUCAAAGCCAUUUGAAGGAGAACAGCUGUACAGAGAAGCAGCUCGCUUUUUCAAAAUCACCACGAAAAGAACUCAAUAGAAGUGUUCAAAUAUAAGUGACAUAAUAGCAGAGGAGACUCGCUUGAGGGUUCAUUAGUUGCACCAUGCAGCACCUGAUAAACUAUAAUUAUUUUGAAGGCCUGCAGGGAAGAAAUUUGAAGAUGGAACAAGUAUUUUCUAUUCCUCAUCUAAUUGGGAAUAUCGAACAUAUGAUACAAUCUAUGCAUAAGGUGCUACAAAAUCACAAAUGCAAUUUUCACUGUCAGCACUGUCUAAAGGAGAGACAGCUUGCACUUGUCCUGGAUUGCAGCGCCAAUAUCCUGUCUUGUGAAACAAAAUGGGUCUUGGAAAAAUUCUUUGCCCCCAAGAAAUAUGCAGUGUACAGAGAUGAACAGUCUGUUCAGAUUUUUUUUUUUUUUUGGUUUAUUUUCUUGAAUAUGUGAUAAUGCAUGUAUUCUUCAGAAAAGAGUAGAUUCAUGGAUGUAAGUUGCACAUUCAAAUAAAAAUUGAUGCAUCAAGCCAGUUUAAGGCUCCUCUUGUAUAUAAAAUGACUUUAGUCUCUUCAAUGAGUUGCUUGUGAUCU